AUGAUACUCGGCUAUGACGGGCCUUGCUACCACAUAUCAGAGGCAUGCCCAAAAGAGUAUGCUUACUGGGGCUAUCAACCUUCCUUGGCCACCAACAUCGCCUUCGCUGCGCUGUUCGGUAUCUCGACUAUCGCCUACCUUGUGCAGGGCAUCAUGGGAAAGAGAUGGCUUGGCUUCACUGUCGCAAUGGGAACGGGUUGCGCGAUUGAAGUCGUCGGUUACAUUGGGCGCAUCCUAGCACAUGCAGAUCAGUUCGCUGAGAACCCUUUCCUCAUCCAGAUCAUUUGCCUGACCAUCGCACCUGCCUUCCUCGCUGCGGGCAUCUACCUCUGCCUCUCGCGCAUCGUCACCACUGUCGGCCCACAACACUCACGAAUCAAGCCCCUCUCAUACCCCAAGAUCUUCAUCCCCUGCGACUUCAUCUCACUUGUGCUUCAGGCCGCUGGCGGAGGUAUGGCUAGCGUCGCGACACACAACGGCGAGGACCCGGAGAAGGGCAACCACAUCAUGGUCGCCGGUCUAGCCUUCCAAGUCGCAACCAUGCUCCUCUUCAUUCUGCUGGCCCUUGACUUUGCAUGGCGCACAUACCAAGGAAGAACAUCUCUAGGCCAGAUAUCUCCGGAUCAACAGCCAGCUAUCAUCCGCCGUUCAUGGCCAUUCAAAGCUUUCCUUGUGGCUUUGUCGCUGUCUACCCUCUGCAUCUUCACAAGGUGCGUUUUUCGCGUUGCGGAAUUGAGUGAGGGCUGGGAGGGCCACAUUGCCAACACCCAAAAGUACUUCAUCGGAUUGGAGGGCGGUGUGAUCAUUGCGGCAGUCCUGCUCUUGAACUUGUGCCAUCCGACUCACUGCUUCAAGGAUGUAGAUGACGUACGAGGAGUGCAGUUGCAACGUCUUCCUGACGGAAGCACUACGGAGUUUCCAGGACUUAACCAACUCAGCGGUAUGCAGCAAGCACAGAAGUGGAUGUGA